UUUCCACCAAAAUUCAGUCAAAAAUCAAUCUGAUUACUAUUUCAUCUACAAUUCUAUUUCUUUGUUUAUCUGAUAUUUGCAUCUUUUCUUUUCUUUUGUUUUCUUUACUAAUCAACAACCCGGGAAGAGUCAAGACGGAAAAUUUCUUGAGUAAAAGAUCGAAACUGGAAAAAGAGAGAGAAAUCGCGAUUUAUUAUUCAAUUCUUUAAAAAGAAAAUGUCUUUCUUUCACCUCUGUCAGUGCAAUUCAAACCCGGGUAAUUGUAAGACAAACCGCGUUGGAGCAUGAAGUUUCUUUGAACCCUUUGCUUGUGCACGUCUGAUCACCUGCCCCGUCUUCUGUAUCUAUCUAUCUCUCUAUCUAUCUAAUCUGAUCAAUCCAACCCCCCAAACCAGAAUACCAAUUUUCUAGAGAGACAAACAGGGUAGAGAGAGAGAGAGACUCCUCGCAACUACUGUUAUUAUUAUUUUUAUUAUUAUUAUUUUCUUGCCAUAAUUAGCAUCUUUCUGUGCAUUCUUCGAAUUGGGUUCUGUUGGAUUUUGGAUAGACGUGAGGAAAAUCACAGCCUAUUCCGUCAGAUUGUGGUUCUGGAUUUCCUAGUAUUCCCGGAAAUAGCACAUAGUUUUCCCAAGAAAAUUUAUUCCGAUUUCCGGGAAAACUUUUGGGGUUUCAUCCAAGUCCAAGAUAGAACCACUUUCAGACUGAUAUUGGUUUAUCCGAUCAUUUGUUAACAAGUCUUGUCCUUGACGUAAUCGAUUUGAUCAUCCAAAUAUCAAUCUUUAGAGUCAAUCAAACUGAUAGGGAACCAAAAUAGUCAAAAUCUGUGUCGAAAUCGAGUUCUUGGCUUCUGGGUAUUCUCAAAAUCGGAUGAGAAUCGAAUUCUGAUUUCUGGGUAUUGACUGAAACUCGAUUUCCGAUCUGGGUUUUCCCUAAAUCCCAGCCAUGGCCAUGAAAUCUAGAACCCUGGAUAACUGGCGGAAUUACUUUCGGACAUCGAAUUCGGACAUAUUCGAUAUAAUCGAGCACGCGAUUAUGGUUGCGGCGUCAGAUUGUCCCCAGGAGUUCAGGUUGAGGAGAGAUCGAAUCGGAGAGAUUUUGUUUUCGUCUAGGUUGGUCCGAUGUAUCGGCUGCGACAGCAUCGAGUUGUCGGUGCCCGGUGCUGGAGACGACGAGUCCGAAGCUUGCAAGGGCGGCUUUGACAGAGACGGCUGUGAAUUUGAGGCCGGCGGCAGUAAAGAGAGCAAAGUGAAUAGUGAUCAGGUAGAGACGAAUAUGAAACAAGUGAGUAAUUACAGCUAUGGCGAAGCUGAGGCAUUGACCGAUGAGAUUGAAGAAGAGAGUCAGAUUGUUGGGGAAGUCUUGAGGAUCAAAGAGAUUCUUCGAAAUCGCCAAGAUGAGUCUGAUUCGGUGUUACUUGAUUCGCUGAGGAGGCUUCAGUUAAUGGCUUUGUCUGUGGAUACACUGAAGGCCACAGAAAUUGGCAAGUCUGUCAAUUCUCUUAGGAAGCAUGGAUCGAAGCAGAUUCGAUAUCUUGCUCGGACACUCAUUGAACUGUGGAAAGAUAUGGUAGAUGCGUGGGUCAAUGCUACGGCAGCUAUUGCAGGUGCAGAAGUUACCCCACAAUCUGUAAACCCAUCUGCUGAUUAUGAAGAAGAAGGGCUCCCUUCUCCUCCAUUGGACGAAGGAGCUUUCUUUGCUACUCAGACUUCAAUGGAGCUGUCUCAGUUCUUUGAUGGCAUGGAUGAUGAUGGAAAUCCUCGAAACAGUGGGGAAUUCAACAAGAACCACGGGAAUAGCACAAAAGCAUCAAUGGAGAAGCAGAGUGUUCCCAAGCAGAAGCAACAGAUUCCCCAGGGAUUGUAUCCUCCUGGCAGGGACAAAAGGGAUGAAGAAUUGAAGAAACAAGAACUCGUGAUGAAGAAACAAGCAGCUGUUGUGAAACCAAAUACGCCCUCAAACCCUGAAUCCUGGCCUGGCAGACCAACGAAAGUAACUGCCGGGCAAAAGGUCGGCAAUGACAUGAAAUUCCUUCCAAGAUCAGAUAAGGCUACAAUUCAGAAGAAGCCGGUGGCUGCUCAACAAGAUAAACUCAAAUGUUUGGAUGAUGCUGCAAGACUUGAAGCCGCAAAGAGGAAACUCCAUGAGCGCUACCAACAAGCUGAGAAUGCCAAGAGGCAACGAACGAUCCAGGUUAUGGAAUUGCACGAUCUUCCCAAGCAGGGGCUUGCCCACAGAAACCCAAACACGAGACCUGGUAAUCACAACAGGCACUGGGCAAAUGGGCGUCGCUAGAUCACGUAUUUUUGCCAAGGUAUCCCGAAUAACAGUUCUUCCAUUUGGAAAACCAACAAAGCGAAGGAACACAAGUAGUUACUCUCUGGAUCACUUCGGUUCCUCCCCAUGCUCGCUCACGCAUCGUCCACCAAGCGAAGAACUUAUACUGCUGAGCCUGCCUUGCCAGAAAUGGCAAAGCUGGUAGCGGCAAGCCUUGUUACUUUUUGAACUGAAUUUAGAAUUAUUGGAGGUAUAUAGACGUUUUGGUGUUGGAGUGGGGGGAGCCUGAUACAUAGAUUGUGGUCUUGACCCAUGAUUUGUUGUAGAGAGCACUGAUUUGCCCCCUUCCCUAUGGUGACUCCCUCUCAAAAAUCUCUCUGAUUUCCUCCUCCUCUGUUUUGAUUCCACACUAUCAUCAGGCUGGAACGACAUACAUAAAUCUGCACAGAAUGAGUGGAUUUUCACUGGUAUAAACCCGUGUAAGUUUGGUUGGACGUUCAUGUUUAGUGGGAAUACCAAGUUUAAGCUGAGAUGUGAUGUAUAGUUACGCUAGCUACUAAUUUUAUCCCAUGUUGCUUGGAUUUCUCUUUUCC